GAGUUUGUGGAAUCAGCUGAAGACUUUGGAGAUCAGAUGGUGGCUGGACUGAACAAGUUGCUUGUACUGAAUCAGAAGCAUGAUGCUCAUCUUGAUUUGGUACAGUACAACAUUGAAUCAGGACUUGACAAAAUCUCAAACGCUCUCUCACAAUUGUCAACUACCUUCUUGAGCUACAUGAAGACCUCUACUGAGAAGGUAGACAAUAUAGCCUCAGAGGUAGCAAGCAUCCACACUGUCCUCUACUCUCAAUCUCUGACCCUCUCUGCUCAAGACAAGGCCAUUCAGGAGCUGUCUGAUGCUGUGGAUGAUCUUCAAUGGUCCUCUGAUAAGCAUGCUGAGCAACUCACAGAUGUAGAGGACAUCUGCAAAACCUUGAAGGAAUUUGACAUCAAACUGAUAAACAGUGGAAAGGACAGAGAUCACAAGCUGACUCUCCUCGAAGCUACUACCAAGGAUAUUCAAUCGGCUGUGGGCAAGCAAAAGGAACUGAUAGAAGGGCUGGCCUCAGUAACCCAGACUCUUCCUGGGGCUCUGGAGACGAUCAAAGACAAUAAUGCUACAGAGUUCUCCAAAAUUGGACUCCUGCUUGGCGACCUUGUUGAUGCCAAAAAGGGGGAAGAAAUCAGAGAACCUGCUAGAGCCAUCAGAGCUGCAGAAGGAACUAGCACCAGAGCUGUUGAUCCUGCUGUAUACUUUGAAAGGGCAAGACAAAAGAGGAUUGCUGCUGGUACUCAGAGACCACCUCUUCCAAGAUCAAAGAAAGGAAAGAAGUCAACUUUCACUCUUGCUCAAUGGCUUAAAAGUGAUCUAGCUAAACCUGAUGCUGCUCAGUUUCAAGAAAUGAAGAAGCACAUGACACCUCUCCAACAGGAAAAUCUUAUUCUGGAUAGAGAUGGGACGAUCAUCAUAAAUCAUGGUGGUUCCAUGCAAGAAGCAGAGGAUUGGUGGCACAUGAAAGUGAUCCCUGGCAAGGACAUCUCUGAAGCCAUCAGAAAUUAUCUUGAUUGCAAGCUUGAACCUGCCUGGUCAGAGUGUCAGAACCCAAGGAACUUGGCCUCCAUCAGAGCAAAGGUAAAUGCUGAUCUGAAAGAAAUUGAAGCAAAGGAAGCUGAACUAGAAGAGGAAGAUAUCUAAACACUAUCCUCUUGUUGCUUUAAAUAUCCUCUUUUAUAUAAAAUAACCAGCUUGCCUCUAUUUUGCAUGGCAAUUUCAAAUUAUUUCUUUUUUGCACUCUGAUUAUUUAUGCUCUGAUAUCAAUUGUGUUAUUUCUUAUCUUUGUUUAUCUGAUUGAUUGUAUCUUACUCUUACUAUUUUCCUAUGCCAAGUGCCCACCAAGAUUCUAAAUGAAAGUUUAUUUUUAACUUAUUUCUCUUCAUGGUGAAAGGCACUUCUCUGGGAAUAGUUUAAGGGUUUUGGCAUCAUCAAAAAGGGGGAAAUUGUAAGGAAUAAAUGUAAUUAGAUUUUGAUGAUGCUAGGAUGUCUAGAUUAGAAUUUUAAAGUACCCC